GAGCUUCGAGAAAGUGAAUCUGCUCUGGGGCUCCCCGGCUGCCUGCGGGUCGGUGGUGGACGCGGGCGCCGAGCAGGGCAGCGGUCAUGGGCCUGGGCUCCAGCGCCCAGCAGCCUGCUGGCGGCGCCGAGGGCUUCCACCUGCACGGGGUGCAGGAGAACUCGCCGGCCCAGCAGGCGGGCCUGGAGCCUUACUUUGACUUCAUCAUCACCAUUGGGCACUCGCGGCUGAACAAGGAGAAUGACACGCUGAAGGCGCUGUUGAAAGCCAACGUGGAAAAGCCCGUGAAGCUGGAGGUGUUCAACAUGAAGACCAUGAAGGUGCGCGAGGUGGAGGUGGUGCCCAGCAACAUGUGGGGCGGACAGGGCCUGCUGGGCGCCAGCGUGCGCUUCUGCAGCUUCCGCAGGGCCAGUGAGCACGUGUGGCACGUGCUGGAUGUGGAACCCUCUUCACCUGCUGCUCUUGCUGGCCUGCGCCCCUACACAGACUAUGUGGUUGGCUCAGACCAGAUCCUCCAGGAGUCUGAAGACUUCUUUUCUCUCAUCGAGUCCCAUGAGGGGAAGCCCUUGAAGCUGAUGGUUUAUAACUCCGAGUCUGACUCCUGCCGGGAGGUGACUGUAACUCCCAACGCAGCCUGGGGUGGAGAGGGCAGUCUAGGGUGUGGCAUCGGCUAUGGGUAUCUACACCGGAUCCCCACCCAGCCCUCCAGCCACAAGACGCCACCUGUUGUUCCAACACCUGGCACCCCACUGCCCAGCACCCCACCACCUGGUGCCCCACUUCCUGGCGCUUCGCUGCCUGGCACCCCACCACCUGGUGCCCCACCACCCGGCGCCCUGUCACCUGAUGCCUUGCUACCUGAUGCCCCACCACCUAUUGCCCUGCCACCUGGUACCCCGCUCCCUGAUGCCUCACAACCUGGUGCCCCAUCACCUGGGCCCACCCCUCAGGACUCUUCUGGCCUGGACCUAGGUUCCAGGCAGAGUGACUACAUAGAGGCCAUGCUACAAGUACCUGGCUCCCUCAUGGAUGGACAGCUCCCCAGGUCUGGAAGUCCCAGCCACAGUGCUCCAGACUUUGGGGGACUUCCGCAUUCCAUGGAGAUUUCUCUUCAGCCUCCACCUCCAGUGCAGCGAGUCAUGGAUCCAGGUUUCCUGGAUGUGUCAGGCAUUUCCCUCCUGGAUGGUAGCAAUGCCAGUGUGUGGCCCAGCCUGUCCUCCACAGCGCUGACUACCAUAGCCAACUCAAACGUAGGACCAGAGGAUGUUGGUUCCAGCAGCAGUUCUCAUGAGCGGGGUGGUGAGGCCACAUGGUCUGGGUCAGAGUUUGAAGUCUCCUUCCUGGAUAGUCCGGGUGUCCAGGCCCAGCCAGACCACCUGCCUCAGCUAACUCUUCCCGACAGCCUCACCUCUACAGCCUCGCCAGAAGAUGGGCUGUCUGCUGAGCUGCUAGAAGCUCAGGCUGAGGAGGAGCCUGCAGUCACAGAGAGCGCAGACUUCAGGGCAGAGGCUGAGAAGCCAGCCAGCCAGGCCCAGAUAUCUUCCCCAGAAUUACAACCAGGGCUGUGAUAAGGUCUCUAAUGAUAUUUCAUGAGGUCCAGAUGUGGGCAAGCAGCCCAGCUCCAUGCCUGACCCUAGCCUUGUAUGUUCCACUUUCUAGGCUGCAGUUCCAAGUGAUGUGCAGGGACCUCUGUUGGCAGGGUUUUGUGUCUUCUUUGAGCCUCCUUGGGGUCUUUAGGAGAUGACCUUGAAGAACUUACACUGUCUGAUGGUCCUGGCUUGAAAACUUUCAAGCAAAUACUUUUGGGGUGUUAGAGGGCUGGGAGCAACACUCCAGCUUAAUGUUUUCCAGGAGCUGCGAUGGUAAAGGAGGGGAUUCUUUGCUGCUUUGGAGGGACAUGAAAGUUGACUUGGUAGUGAGAGAAGGCCAUGCACCCUCAGGACCAGUACCUGUUCUGGUCACUCGGGUUACCCAGGAGGCAGCAGGGUCUAGUCCUGUUCCAGUGUGAGGUCAGGUGAGGGAGGAAGGGGUUGUUUCAGGUGUUGCCUGAUGCUUUGUAGGGCUUGCCUUGAUCUUGCCUGCACAGCCCAGCUAGCCCAUCUGUACUGAAAGGGACCCAAACCCAGGACUCGACCCUGCCAGUCACAAUCACUGAUGACUCCCUCAUGCACUACAGUGCAACAUUUGGCUCAGGCUGGCUGGUGUGCCCUACCGCUGGAGGAGAGAGGCAGUGCACUUGCCUCUCUUUUAGUGAGGGUUUGAAUAUUCUAGGCCCUUCCGCAGAGACCCAGCUAUACCUGCACCACGUUUGUUCUUCCCCAGGGCCUGUAUGCCACACAUCUAGUAUUCUAGUGGCAACUCCUGUCGGCUCCCAGACUUAUGCAAUGAUCUCUGAUAUUCAAAGCAUCCAGCCCCAAUGAUGAAUAAAAGUUGCAAAUUAAGCUCACUGUCCUACGCAAACUCUCAGUCAGUCCACCUCACUAGGUCUCUUCAACACCUAAAGCUCCAUCCCAAGAGUCAAUCAGGGGCCUAGAAAGGCCCUUCUGUCCUUUUCUGUAGUAUGUGGGAACAGUUUUCUCCACCCCCUGGUGCCUUUGUAGGCUAAGACUAGGUUAGGUCUACCCUGCUCAGCCCCUGCAGAAGGGGAUGGCUCUAUCCAGGGAUAGCCCUUCAUCAACUGAAAUCCUCUGCUGCUUUGACCCAAGACCCUCACUCGCUAAUUACUUCCUUGACAAUUACCGUGAAAGCUGCCUAUGGCCUUGUCUUCUAGCCUUUAUCUCGUUUCUUAAAGUUUCACUCUUGCAGUUCCAUUUGUAUAAUGUGUGUAGGAUGGUGAACACAGGAAAUUCAGUUCUGUCAGGCCUAUGGGACAAGGACUGGGGAGCAUAGACCAAACUAUAUGGAGGAACUAGGGCCCCAAAUUAGCAAAAGUUUCAAGCACUGUAACUACAUUUAAAGCCAACCCUUGUCAAGCCUACCAGAGCAGCUGAUAAGUCUGCAGAACAGUGAGGCAUUGUGUCCUGGAUUGUCUGGGAGCCCAGUGUCAGUCUGUAGGAAUGCGGGAAGUAGAACAGAACGGCCACAGGACUGUCCUGGGGCCAGCUUUCCUUAGCUCUGUAGCCUGGCAGUCUGACCCACAGUUACCCUCACUGGAAGGUAAUAGCUGCUCCUCCCCUCUCCUUUCUCUUCCCGUAUAAACUGGGGGAUAAAAUGGUAUCAAUGCUAAUGAUUUCCAGGGUGAACAUGAAACCAGAAGUUUCCUUCUCUGUAAUUUGCUAUGAGGGAAAACGCAAGUGAAAAAAAUAAAUAUGUACUACACCUUGAAAUAUUUUAACUAAAGCCUUUAUUCUAUACAACUGUGAAAUACAGAUUUUUUUUACCCUUUUGGCAUUGCAGACUGUCAGAUUUUCUGGAAACUGUAUUACUGGUGAGACUGGAGGGGAAAAACAAAAAUAUAACCAUGCUGGGGGUCAGAUCUACAACAGAGGGGACACAGCCACCCAAGGCUCAGUACACGGGGCAAAAUGACCCAGCAAAACAUAGUCCUUUAGCUCAAAGGCCCCUUGUGCAAACACAGCUGAGGGCUGGUAAAUGAAAUUUUUUUUUUUUUUUGCCAUUAGUUCACAACUAUUGCUAAAAAAUGUGCACCAAAAGCGCACUAUUGUAUCCAACAGAUAGAAAGGAUUUUAAAAAAAAGAAUCUGGUUGCUCUGAGGAAAGGAUAAAGACCACCUCAGCUCCUUGGAAAUGUGGCUGUGUCUCUGCUCACUUCUUCAAGGUGCAAGAGGUACACUUUCCAGAGUUAGCUGACCAGCAGUGAGGGAACCCUGUCUCUGCAGUUGUGCGGAUCAGAAUAUCUCAAAUUGUAAGGUAUGGACCUGGGUCCAUAAUCUGCCCCUAACUGAACCUGUGAAGAUGUAGAAAAGAAAAACCUUCCUCAGCCUCCUCCCCAGUCCCUGCUACUGUGGGGACAGGCCACACACAAGCUGGGGAGGCAACUGGACUGGAAUAAACUGCCCUCUGAAGGCACUUGUGCUUCUGGCUUCAUACAAGGAGGCUAGUCUUACGUAGUUUUAUGGGAGUGGACCAUUGAUCUAUGCUGAAUACAAAUGACCUUGGGAAGAAUCCAAAGUAUUUUCUGCCAAAAGUUGAAGUGUUUAUCCCCAAUAAGUUAUAUUCUGUACAAGAUCCAAAUGAUUCUAUGAAAGCUUUAGAUUGUUAGAAAGAACAGUGAAAAGAAGAUCUGGAUACAGGUACAACAACAAAACCUGCAUA